GCCCCUCGAUGUCGCCGCCGCCUUUAAAGGCUCCGGCUCGGCGUCGCCACUGCUGCGCUGGCGGCGGCUGUGGGCUGGGCAGGGCUCGGGCUGCUGGGUGCGGGCGGCGGCGGCGGCUACUCAGGAUGAGGGCUGCCGUCGCUCUGCUCACCGUGCUCGCCAGCCUGCUCCUCUGCCUCUAUCUCCUGUGGCUCACGGCUGACGGGCCCCUGAGCUCCAGGGACUGGAGAGGCGAAGCCCGGAAAGCGGUCAACUUCACCCCGGGAGUGCCCAGGAAGCUCAGUUUCCCCUUGGAGCCGGCCGCGCUCGCCACGAACAGCAGCACAAAUCUGGGUAUAAAAAAGCCACUCCAUCUGCCACCAGAAUGCAAAAGCCUACAAGACACGCUUUUAUCUUCAUUUAUGAAAAAAAAAAGGUAUUCAGAAGAUUAUUACCUUGAAAUUAUUACAAAUGUACAGAACUGCAGAUGGCAACGACAACCUGAAGAAUAUAAGAAGUUUAGGUCAAAACUUGUUUCUUGCUGUGAUGCUACACACAACCUUGUCAUUUCUCAAAAUAACACUCCACUUGGGAGUAACAUAAGUUAUGAAGCAGAGAGGGCCAGCUUCCCUAUUGAAAAGGGCAUUUUUCGAAUGCUGCCGGUGUCACAACCGUUUGUGGGGCGUCCCUUUAAUCAGUGUGCAGUGGUUGGAAAUGGGGGAAUCCUGAGAGACUCUAUCUGUGGAGCUGAAAUAGAUAAAUCUGACUUUGUUUUCAGAUGUAAUCUCCCCCCAAUCACAGGAAACAUUAGCAGAGACGUUGGCAACAAAACCAAUCUGGUUACUGUUAAUCCCAGCAUCAUUGGACGGAAGUAUGGUGAGUUAAAUGGGAAUAAAUCGGCGUUUGUGAACAGCAUUGCCACCUACGGAGAGGCGUUCCUCAUCCUGCCGGCUUUUUCCUUCAGAAGGAACACUGACAUCUCUCUGGAUGUGUACCACACCCUGCAUGGAUUCAAAGCCAAACAGAAGGCGAUAUUUUUUCACCCCAAGUACCUGAAAAGCCUCGCCCAGUUCUGGAGAACUAAAGGUGUGCACGCCUUCCGCCUGUCCUCGGGCUUAAUGAUCACGAGUGCGGCCAUCGAGCUGUGUGAGAACGUGAAGCUGUACGGAUUUUGGCCUUUCUCUAAGACCACCAACGACAUGCCCAUCAACCAUCACUACUACGACAAUGAGUUGCCCAAGCCCGGCUUCCACGCAAUGCCCAUAGAGUACAGAGAAAUUCUCCAGCUUCAUGGGAAAGGCGUCCUCAAGCUACAGUUUAGUAAAUGCGAGGCAGCUUGAGCCAGGUGGUGACUUCCAUGGGAGGAUUUUCUCUGUGUCAACACUCAUGGUUUGACUUGAUGUUGUUUUUGUGAAUACUAAGCCGCAUUACAUCAAGAUAUCGUUUGUAUUUGAUUAGCUACACAAAGGAUUUGGACAUUCUUCAAAAUACACGAAGUAGUUCCUUUCCUGAAGAGUUAACUGUGUCACUGAGUUGAAUUGUUCGUGUUUGAAUGUUUUAUUAAAAUGAGACCAUCUCUUUUGGAUAGCAAAAGUUUACAUCCUUAUGGAAAAGAUGGGUGGUUAUAUCAGAAAUGAGACUAACUUAAAAGCCACAGAGAAAAAGGCUUAUGUUUGUGUUGGGCCAUUAAAUGCCUUUUGGUUUGAAUGCUGACCUCAUGUUCUGCUUUCUAAUUAUACUUAUUUAUGUAAGUUGUAAGCAUAUCUAAAAAUAUUAAGCAAACAAAUCUACGUCCCCAAUCUCUAGCUUAUCUCCUUGUCUACUUAAAUGGAAGUAGUUAAGGAAAGAAAGGACUGAGUCAGCAUGCUGAAUUUAUCUAUAUCACCUUUAAAUUUUAGCCUCAACCAGUCCAUUAUGUCUUACUAAAAGUUCCUUUUUCCAAAAGCUCUGAUGGACUCAUUUUGAUUAAGCACAAUCUCAGCUUGGUCAUAUUCACAUGGUUCACAGCCUGUGUGGUUCUCUUUUGAUUAUUUUCAUUUUAAUGUAUUUUUGACACAUAAAUGGGUUUUCGUUUAUAGCACAAAAGAGAAGCCUCCAUUAGCUGUGUGAGGUGAUCCAAUAAAGUUCACUUAAGUAAUGAGCUUUUACAAAAAAAAAAAAAAAAAAAAAAAAAAAAAGGAAAAUGACUUCAUAUUGCAUCAAACUCAUUUUCUUUAAUUGCCUCUUUGAGGUGCCUGAGACUGUUCAUUUAUAAGAGCCCAGCUUUGUUUCAUUUUGCUUUUGGUUGAUUUUGUUGGUGCUUUUCGAAAUCGGCUGCUGGUAUUUCUAUGGGGUGGACUACUUUGCUGAUGGAAGAUUGAGUAGAUCCUAGAUAUUUAGACCUUCUUUUCCCAAGAAGGUAUAUUUACUCAAGCAUUUCCCAAAAGAUGUUUACUAGCCAUCUAGAACAUCAAUUUUUCUUCACUAAAAUUGGGAUAAUUGAAGCAAGAGAACACACUAGAGUAAAUCAUUAUCUAAAGAACUUGGAAAAUGGCAUAUGUAAGUUUAUUUUAAAAUAACACUACCACAUUGGAAUAUUUUAAAGCUGGCUGCAGUUUUUCCUAUUUGGUUGCAGUGGCUAUUUUAACUUAAAAUUUCUUUUUGGAGUUUUAGGGUAAAAGUGGCUGGGACUUGGUUCCACAAUGGAUUUGCACUGGCUUUUUGUAAUUUUCAGAAUCACUUAUUAUUUAAGUAAUGACUGUUACUGUUAUUACAGUCACCACGUGUACACUUGGUUACCAAAUGAUAAGAUGGUAGCUGAAGAUCCCCAAAUCAGCAUAAGCCCAAAUUGAGGAGGGCUGGGAUGGGGAAACAUUAUUCCACGGCAGCACACCCCAAGACUGUCCCUUAUUUGGCAUCUGCCCCUGCUAUCCAAAGAACUUGCUUGUAAACUCUUAAUUUUAGACCCAAAGAGGUAAAUUUCCCUCCAUUCCAUGUUGGUCCAUCUGCCACCGUGACUCCUUAGUGGCCCACAGCUCCGCGUUGUCCGAAGCCGAUUUCCAGCGGCCUUUUUGCGUGUUUUGUUUAGUUUUUCCGUGUCCUCUCUGCUUGGGACAGCACAUUCCGUGCACUCGAUGAUAGCUGCUUAUUUAUCCCGCUGCGGCUCACUGCUUCCAUGUGGGGGUGCUGUGUUGUGACUGAUGUGUAUCGCGUCGGUGAGGAUGUCCUAGGACCUCCCUGAGGGUCCCCUCGCCCUCCGUGAAUGUUCUGCUCUUCCUGACUCACUUCACUCCUUCCCUGCUGGUCAUCAUUGGUUAAUGUACCUAACUUGUGGAAUGGCAUGGUAACUAACACCUGUAUAUCCAAUAAAAUUGAGAUUGUGUGGAA